CUUAAACUAUUUUGCAGGAAUAGCUAAAGUUAGUAUGGAGAGCGAGAACGAACAACCAGAGAAAACAACAAUGGGUGCUCCUAGUUUAUCAAUAACUGAAGGGAAUGAACCCAUAUCUCUCAACAACGUGUCUCCACAAACACACCAAUUAUCAGAAUUUACUUCUAUCAGACCUAAAGUUAGAAAAACAAGAGCUAAGAACAUUGAUUCCCUUGGUCGUAAAGCAACCAUAAAGCCUGAAGUUUCCUUGAAAAUGCCACAGGGGCUAGCCAAGGAACAGGAAAUGGUGAAGCAAUAUGCUCCCACAGUUCAGCAAGAGAUUAGACAGAAAAGGGUAGAAGAGGUCAAUUUUCUGACUGGUCAAACGAAGAAGAUGAAAACAUUUGGGAAUAGUCCAUUACAAAUGGACGUGCAGGAGGAGCACAUUAAGGAGGAUGAGGAGGAAAGUAAGGGGUCGGCAAUCCCAAACUUUUCCAUGCUACUGUCCAACUAAAUCGAACUAAAAUAAAUUUGUAUAAACUAAACUACAAGUGGACUUGUCUGAGCUUUGUUCAGCCACAAUGACUAUAUUAGUACUCUUCAGCAUAUAACAUUUUCAUUUAAGAAUUGUUUUGUUGAAAAUAUGUUUAUUGUACAUGAACUUUAUAGCUAUUUACUUCUUUGUGAGUUUUAUAUGUAUAGUUUUCUUUUUUCAUUUUAUCUUUCUUUUCAUGUGUCUGUUAUUGUUGAAACGUGUAUAUGAGUAUAAGUAUGACGAAACCUUUAAAAUCUAAAAAUAACUUAUUAAAUAGGAAGCUCGUUUUUUUUUUAUUUCACUGGAUAAUAGGUAUCAAUAUUUUAUACAAAUUAAGAUUUCUUAAGCUUAUUAUAAAACAACCAAAAUUAUAAAAAAAUGAGCACAAAAGGAAAAGGGGUACAACAAAAUGAAGUCUAUUAUAUUUAUUUGUUUUUAUUUUAUAUAUCUGCAUUUUUACAAACUAUUUCCUUAAUUAUAAUUAGAUUAAGAUUGCUAGAAAUUUGAAGAUCGUAAAAACAAUAAUAUUUUAGACUGAAAAAUUACUAUUUAUCAAUUGAAAGUUAAAUACAUAUAAAAUGUUGCACAAUUUUUUUUCUAUUUUAAAUUAAUAUGUUUCUUAAUAAAAAAAACUCGUCAUUUCAACUUUAUUAUACAUGUAUAUACACAUGUGAUAAGUUACCAUUUGUGAUACAUAUGAUAUAUUUAUAUUGUUAAAUUUCUACUUUUUGAGUGUGGUAGUUGCUGAUCUGCUUCUUUCAAAUCUAAUUCGAGAGUUACUAAAUCGUUACGUUUUGUUUCUACUAAAUAUUUUACUAUGAUAUAUGUUUUAUUGAAGCUUUUAAGAACCAUGAGUUUGUCUUGAUCAGCAGAAAUCACACAACGGUAUUGGAAAUAACAUAUUUAAUUAAUUUUAUGUAAUUAUUAUCUUAUAUCAUCGUGUGUUAUAACCUGAAUAAAGUAAACAUCUUUAAUCUUUUUAUACAAGUUUUUGUAUUUGUAUGUUUGCGUCAUUGAACAAUUUUAGAACAAUUUUACGUAUAUAUAUAAUGCUUCAUUUAAUCUUAUCAUCAUUCAAUGUAUUUUUGUUGUCUUAAUAUUCAAAGAAGUCAACCCAGUAUCAGAUAUCAGUGAGAGGCUAUUUUUAUUUAUCAUCAUUGCUUAAAUGUAAGUAGAUAUUGAAAGAAAUAACAUUUUUCUUAAAUAAUAUAUUCAGUGUGAUUCAACAAGUUUUUUGUAAAGUGCACUAGAUUUUUUUCUGACUUUCCGACAGAUUUUUACAAUGUCAUUUUCUGUCAUCAUUGAGAAAGGCUGAUUAUUAUUGUAUCAGUUAUAACGUUAUGUUUGUUCUUUUUUUAUUAUUAGUGCCAUAAUUGUCAAUGAAUCGCACGUUCUAUAAACAUUUAUUGAACUAGAAAGGGAGGGAAAAAUAUUGAAGAAUCUGAUUUUUACUUAUGUGUUGUGAAAUUGGUGUUACAACUUGGUUAGUCUUUUGAUUACAUUAUAUCUACUGCUAUAGUUUUAAUGAACAUUAGCGGUCUUUAGGAAGAG